GUUUACAAUCAAACCCUAAACCUAAAUUCACCAUGCCCGGCAUGCAAGCUCAAACCCUCUGCAGGUAUGCUGUACACCUGCACAGUCUGCAAAGACUAUUUCCUUCACAAGCAAUGCUUCGAAAUGCCGAAGAAAAUCGAUCACCUCUGCCACAAGAAACACGGGCUAACCCUUCUGCCGAAGCCCGCUUAUAAACAAGACUACUUCGUGUGCAACGCAUGCGGUGAAAGUGGGGUUGGAUUCUCCUACAACUGCGGGCGCUGCGACGUUGAUCUGCACAUAACGUGCGCACUCUUGCCUUUAUUCGUCAAGCACAAAUCUCACGCGCACAAGCUCGACCUCACGUUCGAAUCUCCCUACCCGAGCAAGAGUUUCACAUGUGCGAUAUGUGAUGCCCCUGGUUCGCGCCACUGGCUUUACAGGUGCAAAUUGUGUGAGUUCAAUGCUCAUCUCACCUGUGCUAGAAGUGUUGAUCAAACUCUUGAUGCUCCACCUAUGCAACCAAAAGAAGAGGUUAGUUUGAUUGGUUUUGAUGAGUCUCGGUUAAUAUCGCCCAAGGCGGCACCACCUGAUUCGGUGGCAUCGUGCUCUGGAUUGACUCCGACGGCGCCUCAGCUUCCACCUCUGCAGCAGCCGAAUAUCAUGACUAACAAUGUAGCUCUUGGUGUUGCUUCGGGAGUUCCGAUGAUGCAGCCUCGUUUUCAUGAGAUGAACAGACAGAUGGUCAACAAUGAUUUGGCCCUUCAUGUGGUUAAGCAGUGGAUUAUUAACAACAUUGACGCCAUAGCUCUGGGGAUACUUUCCGGCAGGGGUUCUGGAGGCGGUGGCUUUGGCGGUGGUUAUGGAGGUAAUAACAUGGGGGCGGGCUUACAGCAGGUGAUGAUGCAAUUGAUGUGUAACGGUGGCACUAGCGGUGGUGGCAUCCCUGCUUUUGGUGGUUAUGGUGGCGUUAGUGGUGGAGGUGACCAAGGCUCUUCGCCGGCAGUAACCAGCAGCCAAGUCUCCAUGCAAGCGGUAAUUGGCGGUGGUGGUGGUGGUGGUGGUGGUUGCAUCCCCGGUUUGAGUGGUUUUGUUGGUGGUGGUGGUGGUGGCAUCCCUGGUUUGAGUGGUUUUGUUGGUGGUGGUGGUGGUGACAUCCCUGGUUUGAGUGGUUUUGUUGGUGGUGGACCGGUGGUGGUGGUGACAUCCCUGGUUUGA